AAAGUUAGACUCACAUGAGUCUAACUUUUAGACUCAUGUGAGUCUAAAAGGUAAUUGCACGAUGUGAAUAAAAACCAGUUUGGCCAGUCUUGAGACCAAAAUCCCUUAUUGACAUGCCAUUCCAUUUAAAUGUGUAUAGACCUUUUUGUUUAGUUUUUUUUUUUCCAUUACCAGUAUACUCACUGCGAUUCACAUCAAAAAGCACAUCUGUAAAGAACAUGCAGUGCAGAAAAGCAGCUCAGAUAUAACAUUCAGAGAGAAACCCAACGGGCAUGUGGACGCUCUCGUCAGCAAAAACAAGCUGAUCUAAAUUUGAUCUUUCUAAAUUCUUUCUUAAUUAUGUCCUGACUGCUGUUAGAAAACGGCACACAUACUUUCACAUGACGGUCUGUCAGCAGGUGUGACUCAGGAGGCUUGUCACGUCAUUUGUGUUAAGGCAGUGACUUUAUGGUUUAUGCUUCCUGUGUGGUAAAGUGAGCCAUUAAGUAACCAAUAAUUUCAACUCUCAAGAUCAGAUUCUAAUGUGUUGCUAAGUCUGCUUCACAUGCCUCCACACGUCUUUUAUUAAUAUAUGGGAUGUUAAUGUUUAUUAUUAGUUAAAUGUGUAGCUGUCGUGUUAGGGGGAAAAAAAACUAGAGCACCAUGCAGUGUUUCAAUAAUUUUCUCAUAUUAAAAAUGUUAAUUUUUACUGCUCUGUUUACUAAAUCGCAAAAUCAACAAGUUUCUGCAGCUUUAAUCUCUUUUGUUCGUAACAGUGGUGAGUUUCACCAUUAGGUUUUUAUUAUCAUCGCCAUUUAUCAUCAUCAUUUGAUAAUGUCUCUGAUUGGUGUAGGAGACACUCACAGGGAGGCAGAAAGCCCGGCUUAAUAGAGGAAGUUAAUAACUAUUAUCGUGAUAUUGGGGUUUCAGGUCAGGCCGGCUUACACACAGUUCUCAGGGCUAAAGGAAACCGUCCUCAGUACAAGUACAAACGACCACCACGAUGCAUUAGACUUGCACUAUUAAAAUUUUCUAUAUUUUCUGCCUCUCCACCACACCAGAUUUCUUUUUUUUUUUAAUCUUGUCUGUUAAAAUCAUAGCAGCAGUCCUAUGAUAGUGAAACUAUUAACAUUUUUUUAAACCUUUAUUCCUGGAAGCAGGAUAAGGGAAGGUGGUUAAUAAAAUUCGGCAUUGAUUUUCCAUUAUCUCAGACAUCUCACAUUUUACAUUUUACAGCGGGGCUUAAAUGCGGUGUUCUAAAUGAGGUCUGUACUAUGGAACGAGAUAUGCGUGCGUGUGUGCACGACUGUAGUAGUGAGGGGAAAUGUGUCUUUUUACACACCAAAGACUGAUCGGUCAACGUUGUUGUCGUUAUGAAGUGAGAAUGAUCACAUUUUUGUAUUUUAAACAAGGACAUUACAAAACCAUUCAACUCAGUUUAGACGUUAUUGGCAUAACAUAUGAUCAUAAGGACAGCUGUGUUCCAGUGGACCUUGCAGUUUUUCUGAUAACAGCGUUUUACACAUUCAUAAAAGUAAGCAAUCCCCAGUUAGUCAUUGUUAUGAAUCUUGUGAAAGUGAGUCCCAUAGCACACAACAGAGGUGCAACUGGCCCUGUGUAGGGUCUUAUGGCCCCUUGUGGCGUUCUCCAGGGCAGCCACAGAGUAGGCUGGCUGCUAGUCUCUUAAGACUAGUGUGCACUUAUGGUUCUGUUGAUUUAACGCAACAGCUGCUUUAAAUAAGAUGCAAACACUCUAAGAGAGAAAGUUACAUAUCCCUGUGCUGACGGCGUCCGCUCUUCCUAUCUGAAAUCCUCACUUAAUGUAAGAAUCUUCAGUUCCUGUCCAAAAAAUCCCCAAAUCUUAGUUUUCACAUCACAUAUUCAGUUUUUCCACCAUGGAAACACUGACAAUUGGUUUCCAACAUAUCAUGGAUCCAGUUUUUCCAGUAUAGGUAGGUCAUUACUGUUGUGUUGCAAUCACCGGCCAAUUAGCUCUGCCCUGUCUACUAAAAAAAAAAAAGAAAAAAAAGGGCGGAUGAUUCACAGCGUGCGCACACACGCACUCACAUUCAGCAGAGUAGCUGCUUCUAGCGAGACACUCGGCGGUCACUGCUCUCAGCUUCUGUCUCUGCUCUGACUGGAAGUUUACCCAGGCGCUCCAAACCAGCCACCCUAUCCCAUGUCUCAACCCGGCGGAGCACCGUAUCCAGUUCCUCCUGGAUAUGGAGAUCCCAGUCAAGCCCCUGCACCGGGCUUCAACAUGGGCUAUUCAGGACAAUCUGCGGUCAUGUACCAGCCAGCACCCACAGGGCCAGCUCCAGGCCCUGAAUACGGUGGCCCACCAGGGGGGAUUUCACCAGCUCCUGGAGGUCCAGCAGUCCCCGUUGGUGUCCCACCUGGACUCGAGUACCUCACACAGAUUGACCAGAUCCUGAUCCAUCAGAAAGUCGAACUUCUGGAAGCAUUCAUCGGUUUUGAGACAAACAACCAGUAUGAAAUCAAAAACAGUCUGGGUCAAAAGAUCUACAAGGCCAAAGAGAAGAAUGACUGCUGCACCAGGAACUGUUGCGGCUCUCUGCGCAGCUUCGACAUGAAAAUAAAGGACAACAUGGACAGGGAGGUUAUCCGUCUCAUCAGGCCUUUCCGCUGCGUCUCCUGCUGGUGUCCCUGCUGCUUGCAAGAGAUGGAGGUCCAGGCUCCACCGGGGACCACCAUAGGGUACGUCAAACAGGACUGGCACCCUUUCCUGCCAAAGUUUUCCAUCCAGGGAGCAAACAAGGAGACACUCAUGAGACUGGAGGGGCCCUGCUUUGCCUGCAACUGCUGUGGAGAUGUCAACUUUGAGCUGAAGGGGAAAGAUGGUGGCACACCCAUUGGUCGCAUCAGCAAGCAGUGGAGCGGCCUUUUGAAGGAAGUCUUCACUGACACAGAUAAUUUUGGCAUCCAGUUCCCGCUGGACUUGGACGUGAAGAUGAAAGCUGUGCUAAUGGGCGCCUGCUUCCUCAUCGAUUUCAUGUUCUUUGAGAAAGUCGGAGAGGCCAACCAGCGCAGCAGUGUGUUUUCAUAACAGAGGAAAGAGGAACGGUGGGGGGGGGGCGGCCUAUGAUGAAGGUGUUUUCCUGUUAUGUAACAUUUGUAAUUGUUUUGUUCAUUUGUUACCAGUCCCAUAAUCCAUUUAUAUACACAUACAACUCAUUGUGAGUGAAUAAACUCUUGAUUAGAUUUAAAACUCUGAAUCUCUCCAAAGUCAAAGACUGAAAUUUUCAGUGUUUCUGUACAGUCUGUAGAUGUUUCACCUCUUUUUAAGCACAUCACUGUAUUCAUAGCAAGCAAUUUACACUACCAAAUUUAAACUUGGAAACAGGUGUGGACACGCAUCCUUUUGAAUGUGUUUUGCUGCACUUGUGUUCACAUUUCAUUUCUUUCUUCUUUUCUGUCACCAUCAGUUUGUCUUUUAUUGUUAGUAAUUUUAUGUGCUUGCUCGAGCUUUAUAAAGAUAUAACAGUAUAUCUAGUAGAAGUACAAUACUGUUUUGUAGAAGAUGUAUUCAUUGCUUUGCCUUCAUUUAUCCAGUUAAAUGGUGGCAGAGUCGAUCUGUCAGUCCAUUGCUUUGGUAUGAUGAUCAUCAUAAUCUGUGUACAGAUAUUUUUUUUAAUUUAAAAGUUGGCUUUUGUUUAUUACUUUGGUGUAUGCUCUACCAAACCUAUUACAUUCCUUUGAGCCUCCACUGUAGGCUGUAUUUAGUGUUAAUCAGCAAGUGUUGGCAUGCAAAACACACUAAGAUAUGAUGCUUGACAUGGUAAGCCUCAAACCUGCCUUGGCUUCAUUAUAUCAAUGUCACUGUAAUAUCUUAGCACAGGGGUGUCAAACUCAAAUACACAGUGGGCCAAAAUUCAAAACUGGAACAAAGUCGCGGGCUAACAUUAAUAUUUACUGGAAAAAAAAAAUUCCUCCAGAUAUAAGAAUGAAUCUUUUCUUAUGGACUCAAAUAAGUUCUGCUGGAAAACUGAAUAUGGAACAAGCAAAGCUCAAUACUAAACAAUAUAUAUAUUAGCUGUAUAAUACCAGUAGGCCAGCUCUGAUAGUAAUUUGGUAUGGCUUCGCGGGCCAAAUGUAAUUAGGCUGCCAAAUUUGGCCCGCGGGCCAGAGUUUGACACCUAUGUCUUAGCAUAAGCAUUUGGCGCUAACCACUUGUGGACCAGAGUUCCACUACACAGAGCCACUAGCACAGCUUUUAAUCUUUUUGUCACUUAUCAGAAGCCAUAUAGAAAACCUCGACAUUAGCCACGGGAAUCCCGCUCUGGUUGUUUAGCUCAGGGUGGCAUCAUGUGCAAAUGUUAGCGUGUAAAUACACUGAAGUAUAAUUGCAGAUAUGCUAAUCAUUAAACCUGCUUGACAUUAUUUUAUCAUCCAUGUAAAUAGUUUAUCUUUAAGCUCAGUUUGGGCUAAAUGCUAACUACAGCCAGGAGGUGCAUCACCCUAAGUCUUUUUGUCAUUAACUAAAGCUUAUGGGAAACAUUUAGCCACAGUAAACUGGCCGUUUAGCAUUUAGCCCACAUAAGGAAGUGACAUCGUACUAGCAUGUAGACAUGCUAACUUAGAUGGUUGAAAUGGCAAGCAUCUUAACUACUAAACAACCUGUUGUUAACAUGUGCCACUGUUGAGGUUUUAGCAUUUAGCCCAAAGCUUUACUGUGCCUACGUACAGAUAGUACCUGCCUUGUCCUAAUUGUGCAGUUAGUUGACUGCCUUACAAAAAAGUCUGAACUAGUUAGCCGCUGUCACUUGUUUAGGGAUGUGUUGCCUUUAUUGGUGUGAAGUUGUGAAUCACACAUUUUUACCAAAGUGCACUCUUUCUAUUCAGCAACAUGUCUUCAGCCAUGGUGCAUGAUGCAAAGCUGUUGCACAGGCUUUACUCUAAAUGAUCCUGUGCUCCCUUUAUGGAGUUUGGUGGUUGCCGGUGACACCUCACCAUCCAGUUUCCUUCACAUACCACUGUGUUUGAACAUGUGCCUGCGUAAUGACAUAGGGGAGAGAGAAAAUGCAGGCUGAGGGAAAAAUUUAAAAGCAGAUGUUGAGGUUAGUGAGCAUUGAUCUGGCCUUAGAAUGGUUGGAAAACCCCACAGGCAAAGCUUGCAUGAAACACUGUAGUUUCUAAGUCCCUGGAAAGAGUUGGUGCAGUUAUGACUGCUGGUACAGAGAAAUAGAGAGGAGACCAGAAUCUUAACUGAAUCAAUUGACUUAUUUUUUUUCGUUUUGUUUUUUUUAAUUUGGUUGCUUUGCUCUACAGUGUUUGAUAGAUGAGAGGUUAAUGUUGCACUUCUGUGUUUAAUAAUCACUCUUGUUCUGGGCACGCCUCCAGCGUGAGACCUGGUUGCCACAAGUGCUUUCAAAUCCAGCUAGCUGUUUGCCAUCACCAACUAAAUGUAUUGUAUGUGCAUGCAUAGAUAUAUGUAUAUGCUGAGUGGCCAGUACUAACCAAAGCAUGUACAGUUGAUUUAAGUUGCGCACUCACAGUUUACUGUUCCUCUGGAGGCUUUUUUUUUUUUCUAUCAUAUAUGUGCGGCUGGGAGGGGCUGCAACAUGUUUCCUGUGUUUUUUAUCAAAAAUGUUUUGUAACACUUUUCUUGUGAUUGGACAUUUUUACAUAUGCAAGCAACGAUGUAUUUCUCAAAUAAACAAAUGCAACGAUAA